AUGUCUGCACCAGACCGUCUCACCUUCAUCGGCGGCGGGCACCUCGCCCAAGCCGUCAUCAACGGCAUCUACUCAUCCGACACAGAGUGGGAAGACACAUGCGCCAUCGCCGUCACGGCCCGGAGGACGGAGCACGCGGAGCAGCUGACGCAGCUAUACCCCAAAGCCCUGGCGACGACAAACAACCUGCACCCGAGCAUCUGGAAGGCGUCGGCCGAUGGCGGUGGCAGCAACUCCCACGUCGUCUUCAUCUGCACCCGCCCCGGGGAGGUGCCGCACGUAUGCCGGGAGAUCGCCGGCGCGCUGGGGACGCUCGAGGGCGAGGCGCGCCCCACCGUCGUCACCAUGUGUCCCGGCAUCUCGGUCGCCCAGCUGCAGUCCUGGCUGCCCCCAGGUACACCGAUCGUGCGGUCCAUGCCCAACCUGCCCGUCACGCGCUGCGAGGGAGCCACGGCCCUUUUCCCCAGCGCCGACGCCGCUGGACGCAGCGUCGACGUGGUCGCUUCCGUGCUCAGGGUGGUCUCCCCGGCCGUGAGUGUGCUUCCGGAAGAGUCGCUGCUUGACGUGGCGGCAUCGAUCUCCGGUUCGGCUCCUGCCUACUUCUACUACUUGAUCGAAUCCCUGGUUUCUGCAGCCGAGGCGCGUGGCAUGAGCGCCGAGACCGCCAGAAGCUUGGUGGUGCAAUCUUGUCUGGGUUCUGGCCUACUUUCGAGGGAGAGCAAGAAACCUGUGCGGGUCUUGCGGGAAGAAGUCUGCGUGCCGGGCGGCAGCACAGAGAAGGCGGUAGCCCAUCUCAUGGAGAGGGGCCUGCCGGGCAUUGUGCUCGGAGCCGUGGACAGGAGCUUGAAGGCGAAUAGAGAGAUGGGAUGCGUGAAAAGAUAA